GUGUCGAGAAAUAAUGACCAUUGUUUAUUAUAUACGCGCAGGCUACCCCAAAUGAGUGGUUUUUUAAACCUCACGUGGUACUUCUGUUUGCCAAGGACAACGGCCCAGAAGUGAUUUGCCAUACCCGUAUCUGUAAAGUUUGUUUGCAAUUGAACCUAAUUUGCACAUUAUGACGCAAGUUGGAGCGAUUCAUUGCCACCAAAGAACAAAUAUUGUUGCCCAAGUUUGAGGUAUAUGGAAAGACUUCUUAUUUUGAAUUAUGGAGUACCAUGGCCCAUUACCCACCAUUGCAAGACAGACUGAUAAUGUUGGUUAUACAUGGUACCAACAAUGCAACUGUUGCCCUUACGGGUAUCACAUAGAUCUAGAUUUUGUACGCUACUGCGAAUCCAUUGGGCAGCAAGCUGAUCGAACGGGUUCGGUCAAAAGACGUCGCGACCGUCGCCGACAGCGACAGUCGAUGGAGGUCUUGCUGGGACUGGAGCCUCCUGUUAUACAUACUUUGGAAAAAAUUCAUCAGAAGGCAAUCGAAGAAGAACUACCCCACUCGAAUACCAAUAAGUCGUCUUUGAUACAAGAUGAUCUGUAUGAGGUUGUAUCAGAUUUCGAACGAACAUUGCAGCGAUCUAAAGGAAAAAAACUAUCCAGCAAUCUUCCCGAUGUUACAGCUGUUCAUGAAACACUUCACAGAGCACCCUCGCUGUCAUCCAUGUCAUCGGCGUCGGGAUCCAGCAUGACAGUCCUUCCAUCCGUUGCAGACGCAGCUAAUGGACCACGAGAAUAUGAUACAAUAAGUGUUGAGUCGUACGGUCUUAGUCCUGCAGCCCUUCAAAAUAUAAGGGAACAAAUGGCAUUAAGUCUGGAACGUACAAAAGAACUCGAAGAAAGAGUUAAACUUAUUCCAUCAUUGCAGGCACAAUUAUCAGUAUUAAAAGAAGAAAAACGACAACUACUACUUCAACUCAGAACCGAAAUGAAUGCGGUAAAUAGAAAAUACAUAAAUAACACGGUCACAUUGCCACAUGUAAGGUUACGAUCGAAUUCCUUAACACAUUCGGCUAGUGUCGAGAGCAUUCAUAAAAAAGAGAGACAACCUCCACCCAUCCCACGUAGAGAUUUUGGCGUAAUGUGUUCAGUGCUAACAAGAAACGUAGGUGUUGGACAUCAAAAUCCAAAAACAAAAUCAGUCUCGACUACGACUGUUAAUGGUGAUGCUAAUAGUGGUUACUCAGACAAAUGGUAUAAAGAGAAAAUUAGAUUUUUAACGACAGACAAUCAAGUACCAUUCUUCCCAAACUCGAAUAUAAACGAAUUCAAAUCAUCUCCAAUUCUAUGCGCUAAAACUACACAAACACAGCCCAGUAGACAAUGCUACGAAGCCAGCAGUCAAACCAUAAUCGAACCAAAAGUGCAAACCGCACACAGUUAUACACAAACCGCGGAACAUAAAAAAAGCUUUAAUACCAUCGGUCUCUUAGCAACGGUUGUAACAGCGGACGCCAGUAGUGAAGCAUAUGUAAAAACAGCUACCGUGGGUGUAUCAGAUCACACUCUGGAUGAAGAUACGUGUAGCAAGUGUGUGCAGGAGAAAAAUAAAUUAUCACAUGCUCAAGAAGGUUUGAACACCGACGGUUCAUCCAUUUCCUUAGCAUCGCUCGCAGUACCUCGCAGCAAGUCAUUUAAUUUAGGCGAAGACAGAUUAAAUUUGACACCACGCAAUCGAACAGUUGCCUGUCAAUAUGAACCGUCCAAUCUCCAUAAGGCUUGUCAGCACGAAUCGAAAACCCAAUCAAAAGCAUGCCAAAAUGAAAUUAUUAAAGUUUAUCAUAAGGCGAUGCAAUAUGAGAGCUUUUCACUGACUAAAUUUACAGACACCAAAGAUUUAAGAAACGAAAUUAGGCAUGUGGGUUGUAACACAAAACAAAUAACAAAGGAUACAAGCGAAAUAGGUUGCAAUACCAAAUAUGUUUCACUAGACGACUCAUUCUGUUCAAAAUGUCAACGGAAAGAAAAAGAUGAUUCGCCCAAGAAAGAAGAGAAUGCCAUGCCGUCUAAAAUUCCACGACCUCAAAUACCUACUACACCCGUUGAAAGUAGAAAGUUCAGAAGACAGGAUACAUACACCAAAAUUCCAGCGUCUGCUAAUGAAGCGUCUGGGCUCUCUGGUCUGGACUUAAGUCCAAAACAUGACAACGAUCCGCCUAGUCCCUUAGAAAAAGUAAAACAAAGCUAUAAGUUAAGCAAAAUAUCCUCAUCAACGUCCCAGAAUGGUGUAGAUGCAACCUUUAAAACUGAACAAGAGUCAACCUCACUGCCAGAAAGUGAUUUGUGUCAAUCUAAUGCUCAAGGACAUAGAAAAAAAGUGAAACCAAGUAAAGAAAUGCAAGCUGCAUUAAAAGUACUAAAUGAUUCUUUACAAAAAGGUCAAACAAAAAAUUUGAAAAAUCAACUUAAAAACGCCAUCAACAUCAUUCAACAGGAAUGGUUCAAAAUUUCAAGUUUAAUUAAUGCAGAUCCAUUAGAUGUUGAAGAUUACUUAGACUGUUUUGAAGAUAUUUCUUCAGAUUUGUUACAUUACGUUGUUAAUAUGGUAGAUGUUAGUGGCAAUACUGCAAUGCACUAUGCUGUUUCUCAUGGAAAUUUUGAUGUUGUGUCCAUUUUAUUAGAUUCAAAGGUUUGUGACAUCAAUCAACUAAACACGGCAGGGUACACCAGUGUUAUGUUGGUUUCACUGGCGGAAAUGUGUUCACCAACACAUGCCAAUGUAGUUCGAAGACUAUUUCAAUUGGCAGAUGUAAACAUCAGGGCAAAACAACAUGGACAAACUGCUCUAAUGUUGGCUGUAAGUCAUGGUCGUUUGGAUAUGGUCCAAAUGCUUUUAGAAGCAGGUGCAGAUAUUAAUAUUCAAGACGAAGAUGGCAGCACUGCGCUUAUGUGUGCCUCUGAACAUGGCCACAUUGACAUUGUCAAACACUUUUUAAGCCAACCCGACUGUGAUUCAACCAUAAUAGAUGUGGAUGGAAGUACCGCAUUAAAGAUAGCAAUGGAAGCAGGAUAUAGGCAUAUUGGGGUGCUAUUAUAUGCGCAUGAAAGGAACUUGCAUAGUGCACCUCAUGGUUCCAAAUUAAAGCGUAAUAAAUCAACUUCACUUAGUCCAAAAGUACCGUCUUCUCCUCUUCCUCUACGAAGCUCUCAUCGUGCCUUAACCGACAUUAAAUCAACAAAGUAGACAUAGUUGAUUGACAAUUUUAUAGUUGUUAUAGGUACAAUACACACAGGGUGUCUAUGUUAAAGUGUAGCGGCAACAAAUGCUACCAAAUUCCUUUAUUUAAGGCGGUGUACACACAUCUGGUUGGUUGCGAAUUGCGUUUGAUAUUUGUCCAAAUGUUGUUAGUCAUUUUAUUAAAUCGAAAUAAAGAUCUAUUAUUUCCAGAGAGGUGUACACCGACUUUAAUAUCUACACACAAAAAUAAUUGUUUAAUUUAUUGGUAGUCAAUUAGUGGGCCACUAGUGAUCACAUUAACAUGGUAAACGAUUUUACAAGUACCUACUUUAUCUGAAAAAUAUUUACAGCGAAACUGGCUGUUCUUAUAAGUAAUAUAUUAUACAAAAUUUCUAAUGAUGCAGAUGUUUAUAAUUGUUGUAUGUGUCUUUGACUAACAAAAUUUCUAACUUUUAUAGUUGUAAAGUAGAGGAUGUUGAAGGAUACUUCCAUGAUCUGAAUGUGCUAACUUGGUUCCACAUUUUUUUCAGUUGGGACCAAUACUAAUUUUGAUAAAUCCAGCGUGUAAAAACUAAAAUGUUUCGAGUUGGUAUAUAUGUAAUAAUUAGUUUAAUAUAAAAUAUAAAUUUAAUAUAAACAUAUACACAUUCCAUAAUUGUAGGUAAAUUAACAUUCGUUUAUGUUUUGUAAAUAGUUGUACAUUUUUAACCACGUUUUUUUUAACAAACUGUUUUGUUGUUGAAUAAACAGCAAGUUUUAGAA